AUGUUUCGGACCCUCCGCGACAAUGUGGGUCGCCUUCUUCCUCGUUUCCGCUCGCAGAAAUCCAUUCACCUCUCUCGUUCUCUCCAAUGGAAGCUUCGGGACGAGUACAAGCUUCCUCCGACCGAAUUGGUCGACCGAAUCUGUCGCCUCCUCGUUCUCCAUCGUUUCCGGGCUCUACAGCAACUGUCCUUCCACUUCUCCGACCAGCUCAUGGACUCUGUUCUCCGCAGGCUCAAACUUAACCCCACUGCGUGUUUGAGAUUCUUUAAGUUCGCUUGCAAGCAGCAGAGUUACAGACCCGAUGUCAAGUCAUACUGCAAGAUUGCUCACAUACUGGCUAGAGCGCGAAUGUACGACGAGACCAGGGUCUUCUUGAACGAAUUGGUGGUGAAUUACUGUAAGAAUAAUUACUGGGCAGUUGUUGUUUGGGAUGAGAUUGUUGCAGUUUAUAGGGAGUUCUCGUUUUCUCCAACUGUCUUUGAUAUGAUCUUGAAGGUAUAUUCGGAGAAGGGUAUGACAAAGUAUGCCUUACAUGUUUUAGAUAAUAUGGGCAAGUGGGGUCGUAUCCCCAGUUUGAGGUCCUGCAAUUGCUUGUUGAGUAAAUUGGUUAAGAAUGGUGAGUGUAGCACGGCGUUACUCGUUUUCGAUCAGAUGAUGAGGUUAGAUAUUGUGCCUGAUGUUUUUAUGUGUACAAUUAUGGUGAAUGCUUAUUGUCAGGACGGAAGAGUGGCGGGGGCUUUUUGUUUUAUGGAAGAGAUGGAGAGGAAGAUGGGAUUUGAACCAAAUGUUGUUACUUACAACGCUUUGCUUCAUGGGCAUGUAAACCAGGGAGAUAUAGAAGGGGCAGAAAAAGCAUUGAGUUUGAUGUCUAAAAGAGGUGUUUCAAGAAAUGUGGUUACUUUCACCUUGUUGAUAAAAGGUUACUGUAAGCGAUCUAGGAUGGAUGAAGCAGAGAAGGUGCUUGAAGGCCUAGGGGAGGAUGACUUGCUGGUAGUGGAUGAACGUGUGUAUGGCGUACUGCUGGAUGGGUAUUGUCAAAUAGGCAAAAUGGAUGAUGCCAUUAGGACCCGAGAUAAGAUGUUAAAAAGAGGCUUGAAAAUGAAUAUAUUUAUCUGCAACUCCUUGAUCAAAGGGUACUGCAAGCAUGGCCAAGUAUGCAAAGCAGAAGAAGUCUUUUGCCAGAUCCGGGAUUGGAAGCUAAGGCCAGAUUCUUAUAGUUAUAAUACAUUAUUAGACGGUUAUUGCAGGGAAGGACAUAUAAGCAAGGCUUUUAUGCUUUGUGAGGAGAUGUGGCGAGAUGGAAUUACUCAAUUACCCGUCACUUACAAUAUUAUUCUUAAGGGGUUAAUUCGUGCUGGUUGUUAUGAUGAUGCUUUGUGCCUUUGGCAUUCAAUGCUACAAAGGGGUGUGACUCCAAAUGAAGUCAGUUACUGUACUCUGCUUCAUUGCUUCUUUGAAAUGGGAGACUCAGAUAGCGCUAUGAUGCUAUGGAAAGACAUGUUAGGGAGGGGAUUUACCAAGAGCAAAGUUGGUUUCAAUACAGUGAUCAGUGGUUUAUGUAAGAUGGGUAAGGUAGUGGAAGCAGAGGCAGUUUUCAGCAGAAUGAAGGAGCUUGGAUGUUCACCAGAUGAAAUGACGUACAGGACUCUGAGUGAUGGGUAUUGUAAAAUUGGUAGUGUCAUAGAAGCUUUUAAAAUUAAGGACGUGAUGGAGAGACAAGAACUUUCUCCUUCCAUUGAAAUGUAUAAUUCUCUUAUUAAUGGACUUUUCAAGUCUAGGAAGCCAACCAAAGUCAAUGAUCUCCUUGCUGAGAUGCAGAGCAGAGGAUUAUCUCCUAAUAUUAUCACCUAUGGAACCCUUAUUGCUGGUUGGUGCAAUGAAGGUAUAUUCGAUAAAGCCUUUAGUGUAUAUUUUGAGAUGAUUAAUAGGGGGUUCUCUCCCAAUUUGGUAGUCUGCAGCAAAAUUGUCAGUAGCCUUUAUAAGCUUGGUAGAAUCAAUGAAGCAACCGUACUCCUAGACAAGAUGGUAGAUUUUGACCUUCUUACAGUUCAUAAUUGCUCCCCGAAAUUUCUCAAAACUGAUAUCAUUAGUAUAGAAACUGAGAAAAUUGCUGAUUCUCUUGAUAGAAGUUUUAUAAGCUAUCAUCUUUCCAAACCCAAUAAUGUCUUGCACAACAUAACUAUAGCAGGACUUUGUAAAUCUGGGAAAGUUAAGGAAGCAAGAAACGUUUUAUCAGCUUGGUUACUGAGAGAUUUUCUUCCAGACAAUUUCACAUAUGGUCCCUUAAUUCAUGCCCACUCAGUUGAUGGCAAUGUGAAUGAAGCUUUCAACUUGAGAGACGAGAUGCAGGAGAAAGAUCUUGUUCCCAAUAUUACUACAUAUAAUGCGUUAAUAAAUGGGCUGUGCAAGUCAGGGAAUAUGGAUAGAGCACAGAGGCUUUUCCAGAAGCUUCCUCAAAAAGGGUUGGUUCCUAAUGUUGUUACUUAUAAAAUAAUGAUGAAUGGAUACUGCAGAACUGGUGAUUUUACUGAAGCCUCUACAUUAAGAGAAAGGAUGGUUGAAGAAGGGAUUUGCUGAUCACAUACUUUGCCUUGACGGGCUUUUGGGCAUAAUCUCAAGUUUUGAUCAGAGCAUCCUAUCAGGUUUGAAUGAACCUUGUCUAAUACUGAUACACAAUUCUUCUAAAUGGAAAGCAAAAAUAAUGGAUUUGCAAUCGAUUUUUGUUACCUGAAGCCAAUUUUCAAUUCACUAACUAUUUAAUUACAGGUCUUAUCUUUCUGACCGUCACUAUUGUGGUUUGUAUUAUCUUGAUUGUUCAAUGGUUAUCCUUCUCAUGAUAUCUAUAUUUACUUUGACUGGGUUGGCCUGAGGUUUCCUAAGGUUUAUUCAUAUCAAGUUCAAUUAGGUCUCUCUAGAAUGUCAUUUCUAGGGUCAAAGAUGUCUAUUAAGGUUUUCAUAAGGGAAUGGUUCUGCACUAUUUAUUAUAUUGAUCCAUUUGCAAAUGACUUGUUUGUCUUUCUUGAGUAAUACUUGUGCAAAU